AACCAGAUAAGUACAAGACUGCGAUUCCGAUCAGAUAAUGGAAGUGCCGAAGAAGGUGACCUUUGAAGCAGUUUAUGGCAGGACAUGCACGACCAUGUUGGGAAGAUCAGUACGAGAUCAUGACUGGUGCGUCUGGAUCUAUUUUGGUUAUACCACUUAUAUUUUCAGUUACUAAUAAAUUGUACUAGUGGCAGAGUUCAUGUAAAUUUAUACCUUGAUUUUAGUAGGGCCUACCCCCAAAGUGAUUGACUUGCUGCAAGAAGGAAAAUUCGGAUUAUGAAGGAAUAAUAUUUGCUGUAGGGAAGUAAAAGUUAUAGCUAACCAAAAUUAGUAGUUAACUGAGAAUUGGCCAAAAACAUAGUAGUUUUAAACUGAUAUUUGGCUGAAAAAAUAUUAGUUAACUAAGAAUUUGGUACCCCCAUUAGCACCCUCAAUUAUAUAUAAUAAGUCGCUCUUAUUUAAUUUUAUUAAGUACUUUUCCUAACUGUAAUCAUCCAUAAAACUUUUAGUCGUAUUUAGGUAUUUCAAUGUAUUGAUUAUUUAAGCUUCUAUUUGUAUGGAAGGCCACCAGGUAUUAAUAAUCCGACUCUAAGAACUAUUAUGUGUGCCGAGAAGUCUAGAGUCGCCGUCCAUUGAGAGAAACGAACAGAUCUGUUUUGUAUGCAUGAUCAAGGUGCCCACACGAACAUCCAUGGAUUCAGAUUGUUUAGUUUAAACAUCGGCGUUCUUGAUUUUCCGAAAAGGGAAGCGCAAUUUCUUCUUUUUGGGUUCGUGAAUAUACAGUAGAUUUGUGGUUUUUCAAGAACCCACCAUUAGAAACAAGAAAUUCUGUUGGGUUAUGUGCCUGCUACUGUUAUAGACAAGUUGAUGCGUAAAAAAGGGAACUUAGUAGGUGAAAUGUCAUUUUUGACACAUAAUUACCGUAAACUUCCACUUAUAAGCUUUCCCAUUUAUAACCCCCCUCCCCCCAACCCAGCAAGUUGUAGACCCAUAUAAUUCGAAUUCGAAGUUUGAAGUUUGAAGUUUGAAGUUUGAAGUUGAAGUUUUUGAUCUUCAUAAGUUACAAAUUAAAUUAACUUAAAACAAAUAUAUACACAUAAACAUCCUCUGCUCGCAAAUAGCUUGGCUACGAGGCGGGCACCGAAAACAUAAGGAAAUUUAUAACUAGGACGACUAAGAAGAGGAAAGGAAAAGAAAGCUAGAUCUAUAUAAAUGACACAAUUGAUGACACGAUUUUUUUUACGACCUUUUGAAGCUCAAAAAAGCGAGUAUUAUGCAAAAAGUAUGUUGAUCAGCACUGCUAUGUAGCUUGCUUUGUAAACGAUUUUUUAAGCCGGUUAAAAGUCCCCUCUUUUGUAAGCCCUCCGAAAACCUCUUAUCAGAAUUGUAUAAUCCCUUACAAACGGUAUUUAACGGUAUUUGUCGUAGCGCCUUGGUUACCCUUGUUACGUAUUCUAAAUACCUCAUUAUCUGUCACUUUCAUGUUCCUACCAGAAAAAGAAAAAGUGGAACUCAACGCUCCAAGGAAAAGAAAAAUAGAAAAAAAAAAUGAUUGGGGGCUCCCUCAAGGAGUAUCAAAUAUUACGGACACGUACCUCGAGUAGAAAUUUGCAAUGAAAUUACAACUAGCUUUCAAAUCUACAAAAAAGUCAGCACUACAACCCCCUACAUUCUUUUUUAUUUACCAAAUGGGGGAAAGUUGUCCAAAAUGCUCCUUUUAAAAAGUAUUUAAGCCUUUUUCUACCACUUUAACUUAACUGAUUAACUAUUAAAAGUGGAACGAUUAGCAGCAUACUUAAGUAGCCUUCCUUUUUAUCCAGCCUUCCUUGCUUCCCCUCAUACUCAAUCUGUUUGAUCUACCAACGAUCGAAUAAAAAGGACUUAGCUCUAAGAAAUGUUAGAACAAUGCAGGGAAUUUAUCAACCAAAUAUACACUAGAAUAUACCCUUAACUGGGAUGUUUGACUAUUGUCAAUUAAUAAAUGAUUAAGUGCAAACUGAUUAUUGCCUUGCUACUAGGAUGCUAAUAGCAAAGGUUGCGCAAAUUGAUUUAAAUUAUCGCAUAAGCAAAUCGACAAUUUACUACACUCACAUGUCGUCUUAAAAGCCCACAAGCUUGAAGAUAACUGCAAUAAUCAGGGGCACCCAACGACUGUUUUCUGGGAAAUAUCUGUCCGGAGAAGCAAAAAUUACAUAGAAUUUUCUGUAGGAAGGCUAAAAAUUUCUAGAUGACCGUUCCAUUCAUGUACACAACUUUCGAAGCUUAUCUAGUAAAUUCCCUACGAUUUUCUGAAGUUUCAUUUUUCCCAUUUCACUCCUCAGGUUAGGUUAUUUUCCGUAGAGAAAGGAAACCUAAAACAGUUUGAAAUCGAAAAUGCAAUGUAGAAGGAAUCAGAAAAACUAUCACUUUCCUAAAACUUUAAAUUGCCGCUAAAAUUGUCGGCAAAAUAAUACUGAAGCCCUCGUAACUUCGAAAAGACUCAAGUUACCCUAUGAUGACUCUGGAUAGCCUAAAAAGUGUUUUCAAAGUAAUUAGGGGGAAACCGUCGUUGGGUGCCCCUGAAUAAUGACUAUCGGAUAUCGUGCAACGCUUGGCAAAGCUGCAAGAACUACUGGCCACUAGAAUAACGAAGAGAAAUUUUAAUUCUUGAAGACGUCUAGCUACUAGACUACGAGUCGUCCCCCAUUUUUCCUCAGGGGUAGUAGAGCUAGCGAAACGCGAGGGCGCGUGAAAAUCACUCCACGCGAGAAAAGGCGACACGCGGCGUGGAGAGAGUAAAAUAUCUCCCCGCCGCGUUUCGCCUUAUCUCGCGUGGGGUGAUUUUCACGCGCGCUCGCGUUUCGCUCGCUCUACUAUCCCUGAGGAAAAAUGGGGGACUACUCGUAGUCUAUCUAGCUACCGGAGUCGAAAAAAUUAACGAUUUACGCAAGUAAUUCACCGCAUUAGUACAUCAUCCUAUUUAUGUGUAUUUGUGGUCGCAAAAAAUUAAGACUCCCUUGUUAAACCAGCCUCAAAAAUGUGGAACUGCAUGUUUAGCAGAAAUUGCAGCCAGUUUUUUAUAAUAAUCGACAUUAUAAUCUUUCGUUCAACAAAUCAAGCCAUCGCUCCGCCUUUCUGUCAAGUUCAUUAAGAACGAAACGACGAAACCCUAAGAACGUAUGCGUGGAGGGCUAGUUCGUGAGUUGAUUUCAUUUCACUAGUUUGUCAUACUUUUUUUUCCCGUUACAUGCCAAUAUACAUGUUCGAGCUGUUCAUUGUGUGCUAGCUGGCAGUAAAAAAUCUAGCAGAACUCAAUUAGAUAUUCAACUUUAGCCCAAAGUUUUCUCGUCAUUUGCCUUUUUUCAAUUCAGAUACACCAGAGUGCCGAGACUAUAAGGUUCUUAGCGAACCUAAUCGACAGCAGUUUUUUGGCUAUGGUAGUAACUCAGACAACAGACUCGUUCCCGGCUGGCACCGCUUUUAGUCAAGUUCAUACUCAAGAAUGGUAGACAAUUGUAUCCCGGUUCGCAAAUGCAGCUCUGAUCAGUGACUGGGUGGAUGAAUGGCGAGCAUACCACCUUUGAAGAUAGUAUCGUGGGAAGAGAAGUUUGUUUCCACGGAUUAUUAAACUGUUGUUACAGGACAGUUCAGAUACGCGUUAGAGAGUCUCAGGGUUACUAUGUGUAUGAGUUAAUAAACCCGUCACCUACAGAAAGGUUCAGCCGCUAUUGUACAAGCGCGUGA